GUUUUGUUGGUAAAUUGGUAAAAGAAAUAGCUGCUGAAAUUUUAAAUGGUUGAUACCAAUAAUUCUAUAUACUGGAUUACCAUUUAAUUGAGUUACCUUAAAAUAUUAUUAUUCCAAGACUUCGUGUUCUAUGUUAAUUAAACUGGAUUUUUUAAACAAAUUCAAGCAGUUUACAGCGUAUCAUAAAAAGUUCAGUUAGAGACGUUUUUGUGUGCGAUACUAAAGUGGGAUAUAUACAUUAUAAUGUGGGACUCGGCAACGUUCCUUGGUGCGCUCACCCCCAAGUUCUAUGUGGCGUUGACCGGCACUUCAUCACUUAUCUCAGGAUUGAUUCUCAUAUUCGAGUGGUGGUACUUUCGGAAGUAUGGCACCUCAUUUAUUGAGCAGGUGUCUCUAGCUCACUUGGGACCUUGGUUAGGCGGUGGGGACUCUGAGGCGGGUGCGACGACAGAAUGUAAAGUGUGGCGGAAUCCUAUGGCGUUGCUGCGCGGCGCGGAAUACGGCCGAUUGUGGACAGCCGCGCGUCGAGCUCCACUUACUUAUUAUGACAUGAAUCUCUCGGCUCAAGAUCAUCAAGCCUGGUUCUCGUGUGGUGCGGAGGGUCCAGCUGAAGAAGCGAUGGCACGGGCGUGGCGGGAACGAGAGCCAGCAGCUCGCGUAGCAGCCGCACGCGCUGCUUUGGCACUGCGGCCUGACUGCGCCGCUGCGCUACUGCUGCUGGCCGAAGAGGACGCGCCCACUGUACAGGAGGCGGAACGCGUGCUGAAACGAGCUUGGCGCGCCGCUGAGACAGCGUGGCGGUCGCACGCGGCACUAGGCGGCGGCGCUUUAGCGCGGCGCGACGCUGCCCUCCUAGCGAAUAUCAAGCGACGAGCGGCAAUGUGCGCCAGAAGACUCGGCCGCUUGAGAGACUCGGCCAGAUUGUUCCGAGAACUAGCGCGCGACGCACCGCCUGCGUUGCACGCGCUCGCGUUACAUGAAAACCUUAUUGAGGUGUUAUUGGAACAGCGUGCGUACGCCGACGUACAGGCAUUACUCGCCCGUCACGAUGACGCCGGAGCGCCGCGCUCGGCCACAGUGUGCUACACCGCCGCGUUACUGCGCGCCCGCCAGGCUGCCGCCGCGCCGCCGCGCUCCCCCGCCGAGAUGCUCGCGUUAGAGGCGAUCCGUCGCGCGAUAGAAUUCAACCCGUACGUACCUGAAUAUCUUCUCGAAUUGCGACCGUUGACGUUGCCACCGGAGCACGUAUUGAAGCGCGGCGAUAGCGAAGCGGUCGCGUACGCUUUCUUCCACUUGCGUCAUUGGCGGGCGGCGGAUGCUUUGAGAUUAUUGGCCGUCGCGUGGCAAGCGGAGAGAGGCGCUCGACCGGGGAGAGGAUUAGCGAGGCAUGGAGGUUGCGUGCAGUGCGCUGACCGUGAGUUACUGCCAGCCCACCAUGCCGCAGCGUCGCGUCGUCGAGCGCCGGCGCUAUUACCACUAGCGGCCGCAUUAUGUGCCCUUACUGCACUACUAGCGUUACUGGCACAUCGCUGGCCCGCUACUGCACACGCCGCUGCACGCGCCGCUGCAGCUGCAGCUGCAGGCCUAGACCCGCGCCGUCUACAGGCGCUGCUCGCCGCCGUCUGACUUGAUAAACUGUUGUAACCGACGCCGCCUUCUGACUACUGCUCCCUCCCAACGAUAUUAAAUACCCUAGCUAGAUACACCAACGCGAACAAAAUCGUGUCCGAAACCAGUCCAAAAGGUACAUUGGACGAUCCAUGGAGCUUACUGCACUACUAGCGUUACUGGGACAUCGCUGGCCCGCAACUGCACACUCUGCUGCAUGCGCCACUGCCGCUGCAGCUGCAGGCCUCGAUACGUAUCACUUACAGGAGCAGCUGGCCGCCGUCUGAAUCAAUAAACUGUUGUAACUGAAGCCGCCUUCUCAUUACUGCUCCUUCCUUACGUCCAUUGCUGACGGGCUCAACCCGCGUCUCCUGCAGGCGCUGCUGGCCGCCCUCCGACUCAAUCAACUGUUGUAAACGACGCUGCAUUCUCAUAACUGCUCCGUCAUCACGACCACUGCUGCCGGGCUCGACCUGCGCUGUCUGCAGGCGCUGCUGGCUGCCAUCUGACUGAAAAGACUGUCGUAACCGAUGCCGCCUUCUCAUUACUGCUCCUUCCUCACGACCGCUGCUGCCGGACUCUACCUGCGCCGUCAGCAGGCGUUGCUGGCUGCCGUCUGAAUCAAUAAACUGUUGUAACUGAAGCUGCCUUCUCAUUACUGCUCCUUCC